CGGGAGAAUAGCAGUUUCUGAACCUAAUUAAAUGAUUAAAUGAGUAUUUUAAUGUUUUAGUAAAGUUUUGCUUAUGAUAGGAAGAGAUUAACUCGGUAUUUUUUUAUCUAUAAAGUGAAUUCCAUUUCUAAAAUUUAUUCCACUGUGUAAAAUUGUCCACAAUGCUGGUUUUAGUCCUCGGAGAUCUGCACAUCCCUCACCGCUGCAGCAGUCUUCCUCCUAAGUUCAAGAAACUGCUUCUCCCUGGUCGAAUACAGCACAUACUGUGCACAGGGAACCUUUGUACCAAGGAGAGUUACGAUUAUUUGAAGACCUUGGCUAGUGAUGUGCAUGUUGUUAGGGGGGAUUUUGAUGAGAACUCAACAUACCCAGAACAAAAAGUGAUAACCGUUGGUCAAUUUCGUAUAGGCCUAGUCCACGGUCAUCAAGUGGUGCCUUGGGGUGACGAAGAGUCAUUGGCAUUAGUCCAACGACAACUCGAUGUAGACAUUUUGAUAUCGGGACAUACGCAUCGAUUUGAGGCAUAUGAACAUGAGAACAAGUUUUAUAUUAAUCCUGGAUCUGCGACCGGAGCUUAUAGCCCUUUGUACAGGAAUCCAACUCCCUCUUUCGUGCUAAUGGACAUCCAGAGCUCUACAGUGGUCACAUAUGUGUACAAGUUGCUUGGGGAUGAAGUUAAAGUGGAAAGGAUCGAGUAUAAGAAAGCUUAAUGUAUGUAUCAUUGUGGUAUAAACAACUUGUUAAGUUAUAAGGGAUUAUGUAAGGAUAUGGUCAGCUCCUCUGUAAGCAAAUAAAAGAAGCAUUUCGUAUUAUAUUUUCAAGCAGCUGCGCUGUUGAAGAAGAAAUUGUGUCUUUAAGUAUAAAUAAAGUACAAAAUGCUUUUUAAUCUCGCUGCUUCUAUUUGAAAUGGGAGGGCACUGUAUUAUAAAAGACUUUGAAAUUGAUUCUAUUUUCGUGUGGUAUGCCAAAAACCUGUACCAGUGUUCGUAAUAAUUUUACAUUGUGCAGUAUGGAUAUCGUAAUUACUUAUUGUCAUUGCAAAAAAAUGAUGUAAAAACGUACAGGGGCUCUACCCAAAGGGCUUGCUAUUUAAAAGAAAUUUAAAUUUUAAAGAUCAUAUCAAGAAGUAAAUUCCCACAAACAUUACUAGGAAUUUGGAUAAACAAAACAGGAUUUUUUAUUGAAAGGAUCUUUGUUUUUUUAUUGAUAAUCUACAACAUAUUGAACUACAGACCAGUAGGGUCUAGCAUGGUAGGGCAUGACUUGCGCAAGAGCAUAAAGCGCGAGAUACUGCUA